AUGGCUGAUGAAUUUUCCAACAAUAGUGCUAUAUCAUUUGAUCCACUAAAAAUAACAAGAAAAAAAAAAGUACCUAGAUUGGCAGGUGAAAUGGUUUGUGAUGAACAAAUAAGUGAUCCGUUAAAAAAAUUUGAGGUGGAAACAUUUAAUUCUGUUAUUGAUAUAACAUUAUCUCAAUUAAAAAAUCGUUUUGAUUCCACAAAUAUUGGUCCUUUAAAAGAUAUGUCUCUACUUUCAAGAAGACGGAUUCGAGAAAUAAAAAGAAAUCCAAAUGCUCUUCCUCAGGACUCUUUUGAAAAGUUGUGUUCAAUGUACACAAUGAUGGACAGAGAUAUUUUAAUUACAGAAUAUAAAUUAUUUUGUAAUAACUUCACAGAAAUUGAAAGUUCUGUACUUCUUCCUAGGGCGCUUAAUGGUUCAUUCAUUAGUUGUGAAGAUCAAAAUGAUGAAGAAUAUGAUAUUGAUGUUAACCCUAAUAUUGAUAUGGAUGAUGAUAAUGAUGACGAUAGAGACAGAACCGAACAAAUCAAAACAAAUAUGACCAGCACGCUACAAAUUUUUAAAAUUUUCUGUACAGCUAAUUUAGCUACUGUCUUCCCAAAUCUGUUUUAUGUUAUAAAAUUAAGUGUAACUCUACCAGUUACUAGUUGUAGUGUUGAAAGAAGCUUUUCAAAACUGAAGCUUAUUAAAACUAAAUUAAGAACAUCUAUGAUACAAGAUCGACUUGAACAUUUAAUUAAAAUCAGCUGUGAGAGAGAUAUUCAACCAAACAACGAAAAUAUAAUUAUUUCUAUGGCAGGUAAAAGCUCUGUGCUAAAUAAAGGUUUAAUGUACUAA